AAUUAUGACUUUCGAUUACAGAAGUUUCGAAAUGAAAAUUUUCGAUAGGAAUUUGAAAAUUUGAUAUAAUUUUUAUGUAUAUCAGUGUAUAAAGUUAAAAAUGUCCUUUCCGAAAGUAGAAGGAUAUGUGUUUACUGAGAAACUCGGAUCUGGGAGUUAUUCAACUGUCUAUAAGGCUUACACAAAGAUAGGUGCUCGAACAACAGUAGCUGUGAAAUGCAUAGACAAGUCGCUGGUGAAGCAUUCGGGUGCGGCAGUGGACAAUCUCGUCUCAGAGAUACGGCUGAUGAAGACUCUGACCCACCCGCAUAUAGUGCAUAUGAGGGAAUUCACUUGGGAUGAUCGUAACAUCUACAUUAUAAUGGAGUACUGUUGCGGUGGCGAUCUCUCGAAAUACAUACAUCGCUACGGCAGAGUGCCCGAGGCCAAGGUUCUGUAUUUCCUGCAGCAACUUGCGUCAGCGCUGAAGUUCUUAAGAGAAAAAGGUGUGGUGCACAUGGACCUGAAGCCGCACAACCUGCUCCUGCACAAGGAUUCCGACGGAAAAUACCUGCUGAAAGUCGGCGACUUCGGUUUCGCGCAGCACAUGAGCGCGGGCCCGCAGCGCGCGGUGCGCGGCUCGCCGCUGUACAUGGCGCCCGAAAUGGUCGCCGGCGAGUAUGACGCGCGCGUCGACCUGUGGAGCGUCGGCGUGAUCAUGUACGAAUGUCUGUUUGGCAAAGCUCCGUACUCGUCGAACACUUUCAAGGAGCUGGUCGACAAGAUACAGAGGAAGGCGCCCAUCGAGAUACCGGCGAACGCGUCGAUAUCGGCCGGCUGCGCCGACCUGCUGACUCGCCUGCUGCAGCACGACCCGGACAAGCGGAUAUCGUAUGAGGAAUUCUUCGAGCAUGAGUACUUGGACCUGGAGCAUAUGCCCUCGAAGGAGAAUUACGUUAAGGCGGUGGGGCUGAUAAAGCAGGCGAUAGACGCGGAGUGCGCGGGCCGGCCGGCGGCGGCGCUGGCGCUGUACAGCGCGGCGCUGCGCCGCCUCGUGCCGGCGGCGCGCUGCGAGCCCGACGCGCUGCGCCGCACCGCGCUCAGCGCCAAGCUCGCCAGCUACAUGGACAGGGCGGAGGAAAUCAAGCGAUACCUCCAAUCGCCCCAAACGGUCCCCAUGCUCCCGCAGAGCGGGGCCCAAGCCCCAUACGGGGCUGUGAGGAGAAACACGUGCUGCAGUGGGGAGGCGUCGGGGAAUAGCUAUGAAUUUAAUCUUAAUGAAAUAAAAGAAGAGCAAAGUAAUAACUCACACACUCACUAUAAUGUUGCCAGCAACACUGAAAAUGUUGCCAACAGCUGUUCAAAUGUUGCCAGCAACAGUACAAAUGAUGCCAGCAACGGUACAAAUGUUGCCAGCAGCAGUGCAAUUGUUGCCAACGAGAAUAUACCGGUUGCCAACAGCAACGGGUCAAAUAGUAGAAAUAAUAAACAAAAUAUAGAGGACAGAAGCCAGUCGGAGAGGCCGCGGGGUUUCGCGCGCUUUCUCAAGCUGCCAUAUUUGGACAAAGAUAACUACGCGGAUGAACAAACGAAGAAACAAACGGAAAAAGCCGACGACAGCCCAGCCGACUUCUGUAAAAUAACUUAGCAUUGAUAUAUUUAGAUAGAUGUCUUUCUCUUAAAUUGAUAAUUUUCUAUACGAAUACGCACAUUAAUGAUAAAUACACACACAAACGCA